CUCUCUUUCAUUACCAUAGAAACGAACAUAUUCAAAAGAGAAGUGGUAAUGGAUUUAAGUAAUUUUCAGCUUGUUGAAUCCAUGAAUGAUAUGGAAAUGCUGAGAAGCCUGUCUAAUAAUGAUCAGCAAUACUCUCAGAAACAGUCCAAUAGUACGAAUAACUAUGAUCAGUUCCAGCAGGACAUCAAUCUCUUAUUCCAAUCUAAUACACCAACAACCUCUUCUCCUCACGUAAAUUCAUUCCUUAGCUAUCAUCAUGCUCCAAAACAUCAUCUGGCCAAUCAUUCAUCCCCUCAUUACAGAAUAACAUCUCACCAAAUUUCGGAUUGUUAUGAACAAGAGGAUAUGCUCACACCCCUCAUUUCUCCAGCCAUGACCCCUUCUUUUAGUUAUCAAUUACAGCAGCAGCCACAACAGCAACAACAACAGCAACAAAAUAAUAAAUCAAUCAAUUUUGGUAACGACUUGGAUUUUUCUCCCUUGUCUUCCCCCGCAAUGCUCCCUCAAUCAGAUGGCUCUCAACAACAAAAGCCUCGGUUUAUGUCUGCAAAUCAGAUACGGGAGCAAUACGAGCAGCUAGAACAAGCGAAAUUGUUAAUCACUCAAAAAUUGUCCGAACUACAAAAAUCACAGCAACAACAUCAGCAACGUUCACAACAGUAUGAGGUCAGCCUGAUUUCAUCUGAUACUUCUCCACAGAAAGACAAUAUAAAUAAUGAUGCUCAUCAAAAUGGACAUGUAUCAACGCAUACCUCUCAAGAUACUUUACGAAUGGAACCAGCUACACCUGCUUCAUUAAUGAAGAUCUCUAACCGAGCCCCAAAGGCUGAUUCACCCCUACCUCCUGCCUCUCUUCCGCCGUUCAAUAGCGAGCCCAUAGUUGCAGCAACGACGCGUCCAACUACAUCAUCCAUAGCUCCGCGAAAACAAAGGGCGUCCAUAAAGAAGGAAAAACCUGUUGGCAGAAAAAAGCAACGACGUGAAUCCGUCGAUCCCAAGACAGUUGCCUCUCCUCGCGCACUCAAGCCUCUCUUGAUCAGUCCUACACUACGUCCAGGCACAAACGCGCUGCCGACCAUGCUCUCUCUCAGUGGUUCUCAGGUUGCUUCAGUAGAGGAUGCCGAACGCAUUCUUGCGACACGGUCAAAUUAUCAGAAUUUGAUGGAGGGCAAGGGCGCUGCACUAGGCAUUGCUUUCAACUCGCAAAUCAAGAGUGGUCUCGAAGUUCGAAGAACGGCGCAUAAGGCAGCGGAGCAAAAGCGACGCGAUUCUCUCAAGGAAUGGUUUGACCGACUGCGCUGUGAGGUCGAGGAAGGCUAUGUCAAGCGUCAAAAAUCACUCAUGUCCCAGGUGAUACAAGCCCAGGAGCUAGAAGGCAAACAUCAUGCUAACGAGGGUGAGAAAUCCACUGAAGAUGAUGAAGGUAGCCCUGGAAACCAAUCAGAAGCAGCUACUAUGAAGCCCCUGUCCAAAGUGUUACUGCUCCAAUAUGCCUACGAAUACAUCACAUCUUUAAAGAAAACUUUGUCUGAAAAAGAUGCAACGAUUGAGCGACUGAUGGCAGGAGAAAAACUCGAAGACAAGAAUGAACAAGCCGCUGAUGAGAUGCAGGUGGAUCCACCAACUGGUAAAUUCACAUAACACUCACUUUUACCCAAUUUACUUUCACUACCCAGCCUAUGCUUACUUUCCUUUUCUGAUUCGACUCUAUGUGUUCCCUUUUAUGCUUAUGUAAUCCGUUUUAUGUAUUAUGUUUGAUCUGCUUUAUGAAUCAAUACUUUAUUUUUAUCUUUAUCAAUACAGCCUUUGCCAAAUAAUAUCAUCCUUAAUAUUAUUUUCCAAAGAAUUGGAUGUCGUCCCUCCGAAAAAAAAGCCUUGUUGCUUCCAGAUACAUAUUACACGUCUCAAUCAUCCUUCAAGGUCUUCCUUUCACAUGAUUGAAAAAACCUUUUAUAUUACAGAAAAAAUCAAAAGGGACAUGUUUGAUGAAGCAACAGAUUUAACUUGUUAUUGUAAACGUCUUUUGCUUUAUUUUAUAGUGUUCUCUGAUGACCUAUUG